UCUUGAGGGACGGCCUGUGUUGAGCGCCCAACCCCAGACUCCUUGAGCAGCUCUGACCCUGUUCGCUGACCAGACUGGCCAUGCACUGACACAUGGGUAUGUCUGUGGUGUCUAUGUGCUGUCCUUCCAGCUUCUGCCCCUGCUUCCCUGUGGGAAACACCCAACAGUGUUUUCUGUACUUGCUGUUCAGGCCAGGUCAUCAUGAGGCUUGUGGAAGGCAGCAAGGCCCCCCACCUAGGGCCAGUGCUGGAGCGGUGGAGGCCAUAUGCCAGUGGGAACCAGGAGCCCCACAAAAUGCCCACAGUUGGGUCUGCCCAUGGCAACAGCCAGGGCUCUUGCCAGGCUUGGUUGGAGGGCCCUGUGAGCUAAUUGGGCUGGCAGAUAAUCCUGCCGGCGCCAGCUCCUCAGACGUCCCCACCUACACAGGCCUCCUUUCCCAUCCCUUCAGCCACUUUGAGACUUCAAGCACCAUCUAGGCUGAUGACCCCGGACCCACACUGGGGGUAGCUGCUGACAUGUUGAAGCAAGCACACUUUGCCGACCUUGCCUUUCCCCAGCAUCUGGUCCUUGUCCAACGUGGCAGCACUGCCUCAAGACUACUGAGCCCCCAAAGCUGCCCCUGGGACACCUGCCACUCCAUGCUCCCCCCAACGAGGUGACCCGAGGUGCCUUCCUGAGCUGAGACCUUGAAGAGGACACGCCUAUAGUUUAGGGCUUAGUGUGCCAUGCUGGAGGACCCUGCAUAGCCAGGACCCAGGGGAAGCUUUGCUGUUAAGGCCUCUUGGCUCAAAGACGACUUAGCAGUGGUGCGCUACAGGGCCAGGCUCAAUCGCAGUAAUGACUACCACUGUCGGGAACUCCGAAACCCCAAAGAAUUAAGUGAAGGUGUUGGAGGAGGUGUCAUAGGAGAGCCAGGCCAAAGGCUCCUCCCUCCCUGAUGCCGCCAGCUGGUGGGGCGCGCGGCCCGCUUACCAGUGACCGAGGACACGCUGGGCUUUCACCCGGUAUAGCUGGUCCACGGGGCGCGUCCAUCCGCUCCCCAUGACCAGAGGCAAACUGGCAGGGCAGCGCGCUAACGACUCGUCGGGACACCCAGACUCUGAUCCCGACACUGGCCGCUGCCGGAACCACACCUGCUUCCGGGACGCUCGCGCCUUAAUUGGCACGUGAUGGCCAGGACCAUAGCGCUCUUGGACACUGCCCCAAGUGUCCUCCGAGGGCACCGGCCCCGGUUCCUGACAUCCCUCACACAAUGGGACCUCUAAUAACGGCCGGCGCGCAGGCCCAGGUCCAGGGCCUUCUCCGUGCCAUCCUCGGGCCAGGGAGCAGAGCUCAGGCACAAGGGGCGGGAGAUCGGGCGGAGCGUAGGUACAAGAGCUAAGGAUUGAGAAGAGCAGUACGCAGGCGCACGCGGCUAAGCGGUUGUCGUCACGAUGCGCGACGCAGGAGCUGGAGCGGACGCAAGGGCAGCUGGGAUCCUGGGGGCGCCGGGGGCCGCAGGCGGCCUAGCACCAUGUUCGGAUCCAGCAGGGGCGGCGUGCGCGGCGGGCAGGACCAGUUCAACUGGGAGGACGUGAAGACCGACAAGCAGAGGGAGAACUACCUGGGACUCGCGCUCCGUCCCGCAGGCAACUCACUGAUGGCCCCAGUGGGCCGUUGGCAGAAGGGCCGUGACCUUACUUGGUAUGCCAAGGGCCGGGAGAACGGCGCGGGGCUAAGCCGCGAGCAGGAGCUGGCUGCCGUGAGGCUGGCAGAGCAAGAGGCUCUCAUGGCGGCGCUGGGCUACAAGAACGUGAAGAAGCAGCCCACCGGCCUGAGCAAGGAGGACUUUGUGGAGGUCUGUAAACGGGAAGGCGGGGACCCUGAGGACAGGGGAGUGGAGCGGCUUCUGGGUCUGGGGAGCUCCAGUGGCUCGGUAGGCCGAAUGGCGCUGUCCCGAGAAGACAAGGAAGCCGCUAAGCUGGGGCUCUCCGUGUUCACGCAGCACCAGCGCACGGAGAGCGGUGUGCCCGGGAUUACCCCGGCUUCCGCCAGGAAAAAGCCACGGGAGGAGAAAGUGGAGCCAGGCCCUGAGAGCCACAAGAAGAGCAGGAAGGAGAAGAAGAAACACAAGGAGAAGAGAAAAGAACGGGCACACAGGAGGGCAGUCCCCUCUCCAGGCCCUGCUUCCUCUGGGCACUGCUCUGGCUCUCCGCUCUGCAGCCAGAAGCAGCCCAGGCAUGACAGUGACUGAGCCCAACCCCUGGUCCUCCACUUCCGUUUCCCUUCGUGUCACUUCCUCCUUGUACUUACAUAAACUCCUUUCAAGUAGAGCAUGUCUUACACUAAAGGGAAGGUCGCUGUCACGUGGAAACAGGAGCAGCACUGUCCUGGGGAAGUCCCAGGCUGCUGCAGGGAGCAGACCUCUGAGUUCUGGGGUGGGCUUGCACCUGGGGCACCCCUGAAGGGACUUAGGCCUCAGCAUCUGCCUGGGCUGCAUCUGUUAUUGCAAAGGCUUUUUUUUGCUUCUAAUUAAAAGAGAAAAAUGAUGUAUUCAGA